CGUGACUGUUCUAUAACAUUGGUGUAGAGCAGUCGAAGCGCUCAGUCGUAUAGCGGACAGUGCAGUGCGAGGAGAUACAUUUCUCUCUCUCUCUUCCUUUCUUUCUAUCUCUCUCCAUUUCGGUCGUAUAUAUAUACACUAUCCACGCACACGAUAAUUAGACUUUCGACUCUUCUCGCUGAAAUCGUCGCGCUCUCCUCCACUCCGCACGUUGCGCUUGCCGCUCGCACACUCAUCAUCAUCAACAUCAGCUCAUUCGGACUAUUAAACGAAGAAGGAAAUUUUCCAGUUGAAAGCCAUGGAAGUCGAAGCGGACAUCGGCACCGAACAGAUGACCGCCGAAGUCGCGGAAUCGCUCUUCGGCCCUCUGGAUCUCAUCCUCCUCGCCGUCAUUAUCGUCAUAGCAACAUGGUACUUCACCAAGGAGAAGAAGAAGCAGGAUCCGACAUCCAACGGAAAAACCUAUUCCAUACAACCAACGGCGAUGACGAUACAGUCGUCUUCGGAUAAUUCCUUCAUCAAGAAACUGAAGACGUCCGGCAGGAGUUUGGUCGUGUUCUACGGAAGUCAAACGGGAACUGGCGAAGAGUUCGCCGGUCGACUCGCCAAAGAAGGUAUGAGGUAUCGUCUCAAAGGAAUGGUGGCUGAUCCCGAGGAAUGCGAGAUGGAAGAAUUGGUGAAUUUGAAGCAAAUCCCGAACUCUCUGGCCGUCUUCUGCUUGGCGACGUACGGCGAGGGCGAUCCCACCGACAACGCGAUGGAGUUCUACGAAUGGUUGCAGAGCGGCGACGCCGAUCUCACCGGAUUGAAUUACGCGGUAUUUGGUCUUGGUAAUAAGACGUACGAGCAUUACAACGAGGUCGCGAUUUACGCGGACAAGAGGCUAGAGGAAUUAGGAGCGACGCGCGUGUACGAUCUCGGCCUUGGCGAUGACGACGCCAACAUCGAAGACGAUUUCAUCACGUGGAAGGAUAAAUUUUGGCCGGCGGUUUGCGAGCAUUUCGGCAUCGAAUCUACAGGUGAAGAUGUGAGCGUGCGGCAGUACAGGCUGCAGGAAUUCAAAGAGGAAAUCCCCGAAAGAGUAUACAGCGGUGAAAUGGCCAGACUACAUUCGCUCAUCAAUCAAAGACCACCGUACGACGCGAAGAAUCCGUUCCUGGCCAAGAUAAUCGUGAACAGGGAACUGCACAAAAGCGGCGAUCGUUCCUGCAUGCACAUCGAGUUCGACAUCGAGGGUUCUAAAAUGCGUUACGAUUCUGGUGAUCAUCUGGCCGUGUAUCCUGUCAACGAUACGGAAUUGGUGGAGAAGAUCGGGAAAUUCACCGGGACGAAUCUGGACACCGUCUUCACUCUGAUCAACACCGACGAGGAAUCGAGCAAGAAGCAUCCGUUCCCUUGCCCGUGCUCCUACAGGACCGCUCUGACGCAUUACCUGGACAUCACGAUGAACCCGAGGACGCACGUUCUGAAGGAGUUAUCCGAAUACGCUUCAGAUCCCGCCGAGAAGGAGAGAUUGCGAUUGAUGUCGAGCACGAGUCCGGAGGGUAAAUCUUUGUACCAGCAAUGGAUCAUCUCGGAUAAUCGCAACAUCGUUCAGAUCUUGGAAGAUCUGCCCAGCUGUAAACCGGCUUUGGAUCAUCUGUGCGAGUUGCUGCCGCGUCUUCAGCCCAGAUACUACUCGAUUUCGUCCAGCCCCAAAUUGUACCCGAACACCGUGCAUAUUACUGCAGUUCUCGUUCAAUAUCAAACGCCGACGAAUCGCAUCAAUAAAGGUGUCACCACCACCUGGUUGGCAACUAAACAGCCUUCAGCGGGAAGCGAACUUCCCACUGUUCCAAUCUUCAUAAGGAAAUCGCAGUUCAGGCUUCCGACAAAACCGCAAACGCCGAUCAUCAUGAUCGGGCCUGGCACAGGGUUCGCGCCCUUCAGAGGGUUCAUCCAGGACAGGAAUUUCGCGAAGGAGGAGGGCAAAGGCGUCGGCGAAACCAUCCUCUAUUUCGGCUGCAGGAAACGCUCCGAAGACUUCAUUUACGAGGAGGAGUUGAGCGAGUACGACAGGAAGGGUGUGAUCAGGAUGCACUGCGCCUUCUCCAGGGAUCAGCAGGAGAAGGUUUACGUGACGCAUCUGCUGCAGAGGAACGCCGAAGAGCUGUGGCAGGUCAUCGGCGAGAACAACGGUCACCUCUACAUUUGCGGAGACGCGAGAUCGAUGGCCAGCGACGUCCGCAACAUUCUUCUCAACAUCAUCCAGACCAAAGGUGAGAUGACGGAGCAGCAGGCUCAAGCCUACCUCAAGAAAAUGGAAACGCAGAAACGUCUCUCCGCCGACGUCUGGAGUUAAACAGAACACCUCUAAUCUUUAUCUCACCCACAUUCCUCCUCCGAACAAAAA